ACUGCGGUAGCCAUCGGUAGUUCAGCUCCCCGAGAAAGACAGUGGUAUGGUAACUCGAAAAGCUUAUAAGAUCCAAGAUGUCAACAGAACGAAACGCAUAGGGAUUGUAGCUAACAAUUUUAACGAUCUGAAGAAGAAAGGCAGGAAAAGACUCGCUAUAGCUGGGGAUUGUAGAGUGUGUUUGGAGGACGGAACCAUAGUAGACGAUGAAGAUUACUUUAUCACUCUACCACAUCAAACAGUCUUUGUAUUUGUGCAACCCAAUGAAACAUGGGAAGGAUAUGUGACUGUUCUGAAGAAUGCUACUGAGAAGAUUUUCAGAGCUAUGUCUCAGCGAAAUGAGAUCAUUGAACAGAUUUAUGAUGUUAUGCACGGUUCUAAGUCAAACGAAAUGUAUACUGUCAUGUUGGAACUUGUCAAUCGUCUAGAUGAUAAUAUCGAGGCAGAGGAACGUAGUGAAGAUGAGGCCUGGUUUAAUGGUCUUAGCCGAUCCUUCAACACCAAAGAAGAUGCCAUGAGAAGUGCUGCAAAAUCCAGAGUCAGGAAAUACUUUUCCAAUGCAAAGGAUUCUUUUGAGAAAGCGUCAAAGAAAGCUCAGCCUCUCCUAUCGAGCACCCUAAAGCAAUUUCAAGAGGAAUUAAAAAAGCGUCAAUAUUUUGGUGAUUACUUUGCUAGAUCUGCUAAUGACCAACUGCGUCUGUGUUGUGAAAAGGGGUGGUUCAGCUGUGAGGGGCCUUACAAUGAAAAAACUUGUUCACACCUGCACACCAUCAAUCCAUAUGGUAGCAAGGAGAGUAGAGUCCUGUUUAGUACGUGGAACCUCGAUCAUGUAAUUGAGAAGUCGCGACAGAUUUUUCCAGCAAUUAUCCAGGCCGCUGAAAAGUGCCCUAAAGAAAGCGUAUUAAACUGGAAGUACUUUUUUAGCUUGCUUUUCACAAGGGAGAAUCUUAAACUGGUCCAUAUCGGGUGCCAUGUAAAAGGAGAACAUGAAGGAUUUGAAUGCCAAUCCAAAUAUUUUUAUAUGAAAUCAAAACGGUAACACGUGUUGCCGUUCUCGAAUGAUUCUAUAAUUAGUUUGCAAUAAAAACGGUUACCCUUGACACUUGCUGUGGUUUGCCCUCUGUAAAUCAAUACUUCUUUUAUGUUCUAUUGUGAGUAUUAUUUGAUACCAUGGGUGUAAAUCUCUGAACCUCCAGGGAACUUUUGGUAAAUAUAGCAAGCGAAGCGAGGAAAUAGGGGGCACCGAUUUGGAAAACGCUUGCUGACUGUAAAACUCUACUGGAGGUAAGGAAAAGAAUUCACUUCUCUCAGAAAUCGUCGUGUCUCCUUUUUCUUCUCUUUCUGUGUUUUUAAACGAUAUUUUAUUUCUUCUGUUUCAAUUAACUUAUCAUAUGCAUUUGUGAUAGUAGUCUGCAUUUUCCCGAAAUAAAGGUCUUGUGCCAAGGUACAGUUUGAUGCAAAAAGAAACCUGUAUCAAACGGACCCUAUAUCCAGCCAGUGAACACUGAUCACAAUCCCAAAUAUACUGUCAAACCACUUGUAUUCAGCGGACUCGGAUACUGAA